AUGUCCGAUUCGGACAGCGAUUUAUUCCGGAGACGCGAGUCUCAACAACCGGAGCCGGCCAGCAGCCCACCGAGCGGCCGGCGCAGGAGCACUCGUCUCACAAGGCGCAGCGGCUCCACUACGAACGAGCGAGAAGAAAUUCUCACUCAACUACAGAACCGCGGCGUGACUGCCGCACCGGGGCUCCCUCUCUCACAGCUGCGGGACUUGGUGAAACACACAGCGGGAGGGGAGCGCAGCGAUCCCUCCCCGCCUCCCGCGCCAGGACGGAAGCGGACCCGGAAGUCGGGACCAAUACAGCCGCCGCAGGCAAGGCGGAGGAAAACUGCUACCCGGUCCAAUUCUCCACCAACGACGGCAGGCACGUCGGGCCCAGACGCCGUGGUAAUCGCAACACUACAAACAUUGGUCAACACGAUGGGCACCAUAGAGGCGCACCUGCAGCACCUAGGGGACAGGCAGCCCACUCCAUCCACCUCAUUCGGCGCAGGCAUCCAGGAUUCCAGAGGGCCCAUGGCCGGCAUGGUGGUUCAACCCUCUACAUCGGCACAAGGGGAAGCGGCGCAGCAUUCUUUGGCAUCAGCGGUACCUGAUCGCCCACAGGAUAGAAGGCAGGAGUUAGACACCUACAUGGCACUGAUCGGUGAUCUCGGCGUCAAUUACGGGGGUCACGUGUUCUAUCGGUACCACAAAGCCUUCGCUAGGAAAGCAGCAUUAUUCAUUAGGCAACACAAUAUCCGGCUAGCUUGGUCCGUAAUGGACAUGGAGAUACUGCUGAUGGUUGCCGGGGGAGUGCAACCACUGGCGUGCAGUAUGUGCGGCCGUACGGGUCACCAAGCACCGUUUUGCCCGGCGGCAGCAUUGCAGUCAACAUCCCAGGGGCACGCCGCACAACCACCGCUGCGGCAACAGCCUGUGCAAGGAGGCGCAUCCAAGGUCUGUAUGCUCUCGGCGCGCGGGCAGGCUCCCGCGGGGGGGGCCACGUGGUUCAAAAACAUUUUGAGAAUACACCCCUCAACACCUAUCGACAUUGCGGCACUAGCAAACGAGCUAUCUUCGCACCCCGACCGGGGGUUUGUGAAUCACUUGCUCACAGGCUUAUCACAGGGGUUUCACGUAGGAGUCGUCGCGGAGCCCACCAGAACGUACAUUGCUAAGAAUCUGCAAUCCGCGAGGGAAGAGCCAGGGACUGUCGCCAACCUAAUCAAAGAAGAGGUAAGGAGGAAGUACAUCGUGGGCCCCUUCAAGGCAGCACCAUAUUCGGUAUUUCGCACCAAUCCAGUAGGCAUUGCCACGGGCAAAUACUCGGGGAAGAAAAGAUUAAUUCUUGAUCUGUCUGCCCCUCAUGCGAGAGCCGUUCCGAGCAUCAACAGCCUUAUCCCCCCAGAGCUAUUUUCCCUCCACUACAUUUCAGUCGACAAUGCCAUAAGCUUGAUUAAAAGGGCCGGCCAAGGCGCAUGGCUUUCUAAAGUGGACGUAAAAGACGCAUUCAAAAUAGUACCCAUACACCCGGCUCAAUGGCAUCUCUUCGGGAUCCGGUGGGAGGCGAAGUUCUACUUCGCCGUGCGGCUGACGUUUGGGUGCAGGAGCAGCCCGUGCAUCUUUAACAAAGUGUCCGAAGCACUCUGUUGGAUCCUGCUGAAUAGGGCCAAAAUCCCGUCAGUACUCCACCUGCUGGACGACUUCCUGGUGAUAGAUUCCCCGCGGGACGGGUCAGGUUGCUCGCUACGGCGAGUGGAACAGUGCUUUCGUUCACUGGGCGUCCCAUUAUCAGAGGGGAAAACAAUGGGGCCAGCGACACGGCUAGAAUUCUUAGGCAUCACACUGGACACAACCGACAUGAAGGCAUCUCUUCCCAUGGCAAAGUUGCAGCGCAUCCGUGAGUUUACCAAGCUAUGCCGUGACACGGGAACCAUUAGCAAGCAGCAGCUACUCUCCCUUCUAGGCCAUCUCAACGUUGCCAUGAGAGUAAUUCCGCAAGGGCGCUCAUUUAUUUCUCGGCUGCUGGACUUAGCGUCCUCGGUGUCCAGGUUGCACGAGCUCGUAACACUAGAUCACGGUUGUCGAUCCGACCUCCGGUUCUGGUCUCGCCUGCUCGAUCACUGGAACGGCGUAACAUUCUUUUACAAUGAGAUCGUGGAGUCUGCAGAUUCACUGCAAUUAUUCACAGAUGCGGCGCCAUCUGUGGGUUUUGGGGGAUUCUAUCAAGGCCAGUGGUUCGCCAGCCACUGGCCAACCGCUUUUUGCAGGUUCGAAACAUCGAUAGCGCUGUACGAGAUCUACCCAGUGGCGGUGGCCUGUUUCAUCUGGGGACGACACUGGACCCGCAAGCGCAUCUCCAUCAUGUGUGACAACCAGGCAGUGGUGGACAUUGUCAACAAAGGCCGCUCCUCGGCCCGAGACAUCAUGCCAUUCAUGCGAGGCAUCACGUGGUCCGCCGUCACCAACAACUUCAUCAUCACUGCCCGGCAUGUGCCCGGACGGCAUAACAAACUGGCUGACUCACUUUCCCGUUUUGAUUUUCAGACUUUCCAGAGGCUCUGCCCCGAGGCCCACGAAGCACCUGUUACAGUCCCUCCGUGUCGCACCCUGAUGCUCUCAUAGGACAAGGUCAGAUA